CUGAUCCUGAAUCCCGAUCAAUCACUCGACGAGGAGCCAUGGCUGAAGACCUGGUUAGUUACCAACAGCUUUUUGACAUGGACACAGCAUGGAUGAACAUAGAGAAUCAAGCAAUUUUUCCAGCGAUGCAACUCCCAAAUUCAAUGAGGAUGGUUGAUGGACCCCACCUUGUGAUUGUAGAACAACCCAAACAGAGAGGCUUCAGGUUCCGUUAUGGUUGUGAGGGUCCGUCCCACGGUGGACUUCCUGGAGCCUCCAGUGAAAAGAACAGGAAGUCCUAUCCUCAGGUCAAGAUCUGUAACUACCAAGGCCCGGCCCGCGUGGUGGUGCAGCUGGUCACGAACACCAAAGAGCCUCAUCUCCACGCGCACAGUCUGGUGGGCAAACAGUGCGACAAAGGGAUCUGCGUCGUGGACUUGGCGCCCAAAGAACCCUGCAUCAGUUUUCCAAAUCUUGGGAUCCUACACGUGACUAAGAAGAAUGUGAGUAAGACGUUGGCGGAGCGGAUGACGGAAGCGUACAGGAUGGGCUUUAACUACGGUGUGGUCAUCCAUCCAGAGAUCGACGCCAUCCAGGGAGAUUUCCGCAUCCCCAGGGAGCUGACAGAGCAUCAGAAUUCUCUGAUAUGCAAUGCGGCAGCUAACCAAUCGAAAGACAUGGACCUGAGCGUGGUACGACUCAUGUUCUCCGCUUUUCUGCCAGACAGUGACGGAGCGUUCACCCGCCGCUUAGAACCUGUCAUCUCUGAACCCAUUUACGACAGCAAGGCCCCAAAUGCAUCUAACUUGAAGAUAGUCCGAAUGGAUCGGACUGCAGGCUGUGUAACAGGAGGAGAGGAAGUCUACCUACUGUGUGACAAAGUUCAGAAAGAUGACAUUCAGGUGCGAUUCUAUGAGGACGAUGAGUCAGGGUUGUCCUGGGAAGCGUUUGGUGAUUUCUCUCCCACUGACGUCCAUCGACAGUUUGCGAUUGUUUUCAAGACUCCCAAGUACAGGGACCUGAACCUCCAAAAGCCCAUCUCCGUUUUCGUCCAGCUCAAGAGGAAAUCUGACAACGAGACGAGCGAACCCAAGCCAUUCACUUAUCAUCCCCAGAUCAUAGAUAAAGAGGAGGUUCAGAGGAAGAGGCAGAAGACCCUGCCCAACUUCCAGGACUACAAUGGACCAGGGGGAGGAGCAGGGGGCAUGUACCGAGGAGGAGGGGGAGGUCCUCCCACAGGUGGUGGUCCCAGCACUGGGGGAGGAGGUCACUUCUACCAGGGGUACACAGGAUAUAACAAUUAUGGCACGGGGUAUAACUUCUCCUCAGGGUUGGGUGGGGGUGGGGCCAACAUCAAGCAUGCUGCUCAGGGUCCGGUGGAGGACAGCGACGAGGACAGCGACAGUGACCUGGAUGAUGAUCCAGCCUCAGGGGGUGUGGUACAGAUCACCGCCCAGCCGGGUGCUGAUCGCUUAGGAGAAACCAAAUGUGUGUUUGAGCCCAGGCUGGUGGAGCUGGCGGAGAGGCAGGCUCAUGCUCUGUUCCAGUACGCCGUGAGUGGGGAUGUACGCACGUUGCUGGCACCACAGCGCCCCCUCAUGACCGCUCAGGAUGAGAACGGAGACACGUAA